AUGGGUCAGGAGGGAACUCAACAUAUGGGUCAGGAGGGAGCUCCACAUAUGGGUCAGGAAAGAGCUCUUCACAUAGGUCAGGAGGGCACUCAACACAUGGGUCAGGAAGGGGCUCAGCACAAAGGUCAGGAUGCUGUUCAAUAUAUAGGUCAGGAAGGAGCUCAUCACAUGGGUCAUGAAGGAGCUCAUCACAUGGGUCGUGAAGGAGCUCAAUACAUGGGUCACGAAGGAGCUCAUCACAUGGGUCGUGAAGGAGCUCAAUACAUGGGUCACGAAGGAGCUCAAUACAUGGGUCAGGAAGGAGCUCAACACAGAUUAGGAUGGAGCUCAUCAUGUUGGAAAACACACAAGAUUUCACAGUGUGGCUUUAUUAAGGACCGCUCGUGUUUACCACUUUAA